UACGAUGACUGUACAAUAUCGUUCUUGUUCUUAAACGAUCUGACGCUCUACCAUCUAUGUCAAGCAUGUUUAGGAGUGCCCUUAUUUUCGCUGGCCCUGUCUCUGUUUGCCGCGUUGGAAUCCUUCGCGCUGGAUCUAGCCGAGCCCCUGAAUUAGGCACUACGUUCGCCAGACGCGCGCUCAUUCAUACCGGUCAGCCAAACAACAACUCAUUGAUAGGGAAACGAAUCAAUGAAGAGUCGACUACUGGAACGGAGGGUUUCCAUCUCAAGGAUUCAGUCGCAUCUAAGCAGGGUCUAACCACUCCUGAUGCGGUUAGGACGUUGCCUACUAUCGUCCGAGGCGAUUGGGUACUGUUCCACCCUGUGUACUCUCAGGAAGAAAUCAAGGCUGUCGAGGUGCUCCAAAGGGAAGCGAAGACUAUAUCAGACAAAAUUGCAUGCAACCUUGUCAAGCUCACGAGAUGGGGAUUUGACCUAGUGUCUGGUUACAAGCACAAGCCAAUCCCCGCUGAUAGCAAGAUGUCGCUCGAAGAACUUAGGAAGGGCGGAUAUAUCUUGGACGAGAAGGCGUGGUUGAGUCGCAUUCUUUUCUUGGAGACAGUUGCUGGAGUGCCGGGAAUGGUCGCGGCUACGCUCCGUCACCUCACCAGCUUGCGUCUGAUGCGCCGAGACUCUGGUUGGAUACAUACUUUGCUGGAGGAAGCCGAAAAUGAAAGAAUGCAUCUAAUGACAUUUAUGACCUUGCGAAAACCUUCGUUAUUUUUCCGAGCCAUGGUUUUAGGGGCGCAGGGCGUGUUCUAUAACUUAUUUUUCCUAUCCUACAUAAUAUCGCCGCGCACAUGUCACCGAUUUGUUGCGCACUUGGAGGAAGAGGCCGUCUUGACUUAUACUCGAUGCAUCCAGGAAAUGGAAUCAGGACGUCUACCUGAAUGGAACAAUAUGCCCGCCCCGGAAAUUGCAAAAGACUAUUGGCGUCUAGAACCUGACGCCAAACUACUUGAUGUCAUUUACGCUGUGCGGUCUGAUGAGUCCACGCAUCGUUUCGUGAACCACAGUCUUGCCAACCUGAACCCCGAGACUGACGUAAACCCUUUUGCUCUCCGGGAACCAGACAUGCUUGUCAAAGGGCGCAAGCUUGGGUACGUAAAUUAUACAACUUCUUAUUGCCCUCUCAUCUGAUGUUGAACAGAUUCUCGAGGGAGGAAGCCGAA